AUGGCUGUUGCAAAUCACCAUCCGCGCCAACAUCAAUUGCUUCACAAGAUCAGCAACCACACUUCCACUGUGAGGGCCCUUGAUUGGUGCCCUACCAGGAGCAAUCUGCUGGCUUCUGGUGGAGGACGCAAUGAUCAUUGCAUUAAGUUUUGGAAUGCUGUUAAUGGUGUUUGCUUGAACUCGAUUGAUACCGGCUCUGAAGUUUGUGCGUUGUUGUGGGACAAGAACAAAUCUGAGUUGCUGACCUCCCAUGGGUUUCCAAACAAUCAACUCACCCUGUGGAAUUACAUAUCCAUGACGAGAAAAGCUGAGCUUUUUGGUCAUUCAUUUCGUGUUCUUUACUUGGCUGGGAACCCAUUGGGAGGUGUAGUAGCUUCUGCAGCAGAAGAUAAGACACUCAAGUUCUGGAAUGUCUUUGAGACUCCCAAACCACCAAAACCUAAAGCAAACACUGUGCCCUUUGCCCAAUUUAAUGUCAUAAGAUGA